AUGUUUGUGAAAUUUGUUGUUUACUCAUGUUUACUCAUAGUCACACUCGAUCUUAUUGGAAUAAAUGUCAUACAAAACACAUCUUUUGCUCAGAGACUCGGACUAAGAGAUCCCUGCACGCAACGACGACAACGUUUACUGUCUCUGCUGAAUUUGCUGUGUAACGAUACACAAAAUUCGUCUGUGGUAGCUCGUGAUGCGUGUUACGGAUGCUUUUUCAGAGCAGCUUUACUCACAGUUGGUCCCACAUUAUUGGCACAAUUAUCGCAGUGUGCGUCAAUUUAUCUGAAUAACACGUCAUAUAUGGGUUGCGCAACGCAGUUAGCGACUUUAGCAGGUGGAUUACGAGCAACGAGUGCUCCCACAAUACGGAACUGCUACACGGGAUAUUGCGAGUUUGUUCAAUGUGUGAGAAGAGUGAAUGCGAAUAAUUUGAUCGAUGCCUGUCUAUUAGCAAGCAUCACAACGCUGAAUUUAACCGUGCAAUCUAAUAGAAUUGCUCUUUAUACAAAUACCUCAAGUUGUAUCCUGGCAUCUGCUCGAUGUGAUCCUUAUAAUCCCAUCACGGGAGUUUUCCAAGGCAUUUAUGGGCAGGGACAGACUCAACAAAUUAGUAAUUUUGCCGCGUUACAAAACUCACUGCAAAUAACGCCAAAUGGAGACCUGAGAGUUAUUUCGUUCCCGAGGACAGUUUUUGCUGCGGAGACUUUUUGCUCGGCGAGUAAUACUUUGGAUCAGUCUACCUCGGGGUUGUGUAAUUUAGUUGGAUAA